CCGCCGUAGAUGCAUAGGUAUACGUAGAAUUCAUUGUAGUAGUAGCGGCAGUUUUUCGAAAAUAUCUCAAAAACUAAGGCCGAGCGGCGGUUAUAUGUAUAGGAAAUAGUUGUUCAAAAUGUUGAGUUUUACAACAUAUUUAAAUUUCAUAAAAAUCGGUGAAGUGUAACCUAAUCUCAAUAAUUACCGAAAUAUUGAAUGCGGGCUUAUCUAAAAGAUCAAAAAGUAUAGAAGAUAUUGAAAAAAGAAUGUUUAAUUAUCGAUUAUGUAGAGGAAGAAGAUUAGUCGUGUGGGCAUUUGGGAUUUUAUCACAAUAACAUUCAGAGUUUAUUGUAGAAGACUAAAAGCUGAUCCUGAAAAUGCCACUACAAUUAUUUUAACGACAUGCAUUCUGCAUAAUAUUAUUAGAAAUUGUCGAUCUAUAAUUUGCGAAAAGAAUUCGGAAUAUAUUGAGACAAAUCAUGUAAAUACAAUCUACGAAGCCAAGGUGGAAAUGCAUAAGCUGAAGCAUUUCAAACAAGGGAGCGCAGUCACGCCAAAUCACGCUCCAGGAAAAUAUUCUUCGUGAGUGAACGGAACCUGACCGCGAUUGGAGCGUGAUCUGAUCGGAGUUGGUGCGGACGCUUUUACCGGACAGAGAGCGGACCGACCGUGACUGAACCGAUAUUGUGGAUCGGGCCUAAAAGAUAUAUAUGUAAAUUUACAGUAAUAAAGUGACAGUCAUCAUGAGCUUGAUCUUUGGUAGCGGUGACAGUAACAAUAAUUUGAGUGUUAUUAUUUUUGACGCUUCCAAAAACGAAAGAAAAUUGAAUGAAGAAUUCAAAGUGUUGCAAAGAAAAUUAAAAUCAAAAUGGAAAUUCAUUGAAAAUAACGAUGUCUUAACAGAAGAGUCAUUAUCAACAGGAAAAAUAUUGAUACUACCAGAGCCGCGAAAUAAAUUUACCGAAUUAGAAAUGAAUUCUAUUAGAGCAUUUUUAAAUUCUGGCGGACACGUAUUAGUUAUGCUCGGUGAAGGCGGUGAGAAAAAGUCAAAUACAAACGUGAACUUUUUAUUGGAAGAAUUUGGCAUAAUGGUGAACAAUGAUAGUGUAAUACGUAUGAGUUACAGUCAAACAAUGCAUCCAAAGGAAUGUUUUAUUUCACAAGGAAUGUCAAAUAAAUCAAUAUUUUCGAAAAAUCAUAAUGAAUACAUGGAUAUGAAUUUUUUAUAUCCAUAUGGCGCAACUUUAAAUGUCGCACAACCUUCUGUAGUUGCAUUAUCCAGUGGAUCUAUCACCAUUCCAACAAAUAGACCUAUUUGUGCAUAUCAUUACAAUGAAAUAAAUGGUGGAAAAUUACUUGUUUUAGGUUCAUCAAGAAUGUUAACUGAUACAUACAUUGAGAAAGAGAAAAAUGAUUCAUUGAGAGAAAUGAUAUUUGACUUUUUUGAAUCAAAAGAAAUUGUGGUCAAAGAAUCACAAAUGGAUGAAAUAGAUUUCUGGGAGUACAACUUAAUCCCAGAUAUAACACAGCAAGCAGAUAAUCCAAAAGUGUGUACCCAUGACAUGGAUAUGAUGGAUAAUCCUCAUGAAUAUACUAAACUGUUUAAACAUCAUUUUUAUUCAAUAAAUUUAGACAUGGUACCAGCUUGUAUAAAAGCUUAUGAAAUUUUAGGACUGAAACAUGAACCACUCACCUUAAUUCCGCCACAUUUUGAAGCUCCUUUACCACCUACUCAAGCUUCAGUCUUUCCACCAAGUUUUCAAGAAUUACCACCACCAGCCUUAGAAUUAUUUGACUUGGAUGAAGCAUUUAGUUCUGAUUUAUUGAAACUAUCUCAAUUAACAAAUAAGUACAUGGCAACAAAAGAUUUAUCAAAACAUAUGGAACUGAAUCAUUACAUUAGGGAAUUUGGAAGUAUUAUAAGAAUUAGUAAUUCUGAUACUGAUACUGCAAAAGAAGUAUUAAACUCUGUCUUUCAAAGUAUUUGCAGUUACAAAGCUAUGCAUGAAUGA